AUGGACACGAAUAGCGAGGCUGUUGAAAAAUGGCAAAGAUGGAAAGAGAUGUUAUGCGCGGUACGAAAGUUUCCGUGGCUUCAAAUACGCGAUAAUGUCGACUAUAUACGCUUGCUGACACAAGAUUUAUAA